GUUGUGUCUGAUCUCGUCACUUUUCAAAGAGUUGUGCUUUCUAGUGUUCAAGUGCAUUUGCCAGAAACAAGGAUAAGACUUCCCUUUUUCACUAAAUGGACGACAUAGAAGCACUUGUCGGCCAGCUGACUGAAGCACAGGUGGAUCCUGCCGCGUUGGGUGAGCAUCCGCGGUUUAGUCGAUUCAAAAAUGCUGGACGAGCUGCUGAACAACAGGCAAGACGGAGAGAGGAUGCUAUGGAACGACAACGAAACAGCCGUUUUGAUCAUUUCAACCACACAAGGAAAUUGGCUGAAAAUGAAGAUGAUGAUGAAGAAGAAAUAAUUGACACACAAAAAGAUAGCCAGGAUGAAGAGGAGAAGCCACAGGAUUUGCGCAAGAAGCGAUAUAAAUCAAGGUAUGCAGAUGAAUUGAUGCUCAGCGAAUGGUUGGUGGAUAUUCCUGAGCAGUUGUCUUCAGAAUGGAUGAUGGUUCCAUCACCGGUUGGGAAGCGAGUACUAGUUGUGGCUGCAAAGGGAGCUACAACGGCUUAUAAUAAAGCUGGUAAGACUAUAACACAGUUUCGAUCUCGAUUACCUGGAGGAUACCAAAAGUCAUCUGCAUAUACAAUCCUGGAUUGCAUUAUGGACGCAAAGAAAACUUUCUAUUGUUUGGACAUACUAGCAUGGAAUGGUAUGGAUAUGAGCGCAAAUCCUUUUGAUUUUCGACAGUAUAUGCUAUCAUCGAAGUUGAAGGAAACACCAGAAUUGCAGUCGCCAUCGAAGCAGUUCCCUUAUCGCUUUGUUGCGCUUCCAUGUUGCAAAUGUGAGCGAACUUUGAUGGAAGAAAUGAUGAGGAAUGGAUUUGAUUUUGAACUAGAUGGACUGCUUUAUUAUCACUCUGGUGUAGUCUACGAGGCUGGUCAGAGUCCCUUGGUAGGCUGGCUAAAACCGUGGAUGUUACCUGAAAUAUUGCACGUCACUGUACCGGAAAAAUUUCUCAACGAAAAUGUCCUUCAACAAUCUUCGCAACAAUUCAUUGAUGCCUUCAAUAUUGAACAUCGCCAUGUUUCGAAAAUCGAUAAGAAUAUCGAAAUGGAAGAAGCUACUACCAGCGCCUAA